UUCACCUCGAGGCAGCACUUUUUCUCUUCUCUCCAUUGAAGAGCCACGUUUCGCGAUUCGGUUUCCUUCGAUGAUGUUCGAUCCUUCCUGUGUUUAUGGUCACGGCUGGGGGAAGCUUCGUGUGAUGAAGACGGUUAAGCCCGCCCGCGUCGUUCCCGCUUUUAGACUCUCAACAAGUACUUCGACGUUCACAUACGAAACACAACCCAGACUUGCACACCACAACCUCCGCUCUUUCUAUUCUUUUUCCGCUCGGAAUUGACAAAAGUCAAAGCUUGUAAGCGUUUUAGGUCAUAAGUCCGUUCGCGCGUUGGUCUUCACUCUUUUUCUGCCUGUCUGGAAUAUGUCUAUGUUUCGUAAACCGGGUGAUAGUUCUUCAAGCGACGAGUCGUCCGAGGAGGACCAUGAAUCAAGCAAGAAUCACAGCGUUCCAGUAGCCAAGGAAACAGUACGCUUGUCCUCAAGACGGAAUGCGAACAAUGCCAUUGCCUCGAGAUCGGGGCGAGCAACGCCCCUCUCAUCCCAGCCUGCAUUAAGCAGAAAUGCCAGCUAUGUUCGCGACCUACUUCUACAUUCGUUGCUGGAGGAGAGAGUUUUGCGAGAAACGGCGGAGCAGCUGGGGAAGAAUGCGGACGAUCCGGAAGUGCGAGAGAUAGCCCGAACGACGUAUCAGGCUCUCUCCCGCCAACUGGCUGGUCAGAACGAAGAUAACUAUACCAGCGAUUCGAUGCGCUCCCAGCGCGCUGCCAUACAGGACGUCUUAGGGACGGCAACUCGAAGCCACAUCGCCUCACUCACGGCUCGUAAUGGCGGAUCGACUCGUGCUCUGGCAAGGGGUUCCUCAUCACUUGGGAUGACCGCGAUGAAUCCCUUUGCUAAUUUUCCCUCCACGGUCGAUCGGCACCUGAAUUCACUUCCGGGUCUACACACAGAUCGGUAUGUGCGCGAGUUCCUCGAGCUACAGGUCGUGGGGAAGGGGGGCUACGGAACGGUGUUCAAAGUCAAACACAAGCUCGAUAAUUCCUUCUACGCUGUCAAGAGGAUUAUGGUCAGCCCCGAGAGACUUCGGCGAAUCCGCGAGAAUGGUCCUCACGAGAUAGAGCAAAUGCUCGAAGAGGUUCGAGCGCUUGCGAAGCUUGACCACGGUAAUAUCGUACGCUACCACAAUUGCUGGCUGGAGUUUACCACUCAACCAGGGGACCUGCCAGCGGCACCUGAAAGGAUACGCAACAAUCUGUUACUGGAACAUGGAUCUGGCUCCGACCAUGAGGUGAGCAACCUACAGGCUGGUGUUCAAAGCCUCACAUUUGAACACUCGUUGGAUAACCUCCAGAUGGACGCCAGUCCGGGGAUUGUGUUUGAGUAUACCGAUGGGGACACAGGCGCCCGUGCAGAACAACCUCCGGACAAUGGUAACCUCAAGAUGCCACCAACUCAGAGGCAGCGAUCGUCGAGCCAAGCUACUAUCCAGACAAUCUCGUCCAUGCGAUCUCGACUCAGCACAAUCGAGGACGACGAUGAGAUUGAGGUCAUUGAAAGGAAUCACAAACCACAAUAUCCCCAUCCAAGCAGCGAUGUUUCGGAAAGCUUGAUGUCAGACAGCAACUUGCCGGGCCGACCACUCGUUGGACGCACUACAGGACCGGUCCUGACGCUCAAUGUUCAGAUGAGCCUGUACGAUACAAAUCUCGCCGAAUACUUGUCAUGCGAGCAGUCUCCAGCACCGGCUGACCAAGUCCACCAUUGCUUCCACACCUGCAUCAGUCUGGAGCUGCUUGCCAGCAUCAUCUCGGGGGUAGAAUACCUGCACGCGCAAGGCGUCGUACACAGGGAUCUGAAGCCCGCAAAUGUUUUCCUAGCCCUGUCCAGCUCCACCAAGAUCAGUCCCUCUGGAUCUAUAGACGCGUCCACUUGCAGCUCCUGCCCCUCUCGAGAAUGCCUUUACGUGACGCCGCGGAUAGGAGAUUUUGGACUUGUCGCGGCGCUAGGCGAAGGAUGUUUUGCCAACGACCAGUUUGUUAAAGCGGUUGGGACGCAGUUCUAUCGGCCCGAGGGAGGUGACACCAAGGUCAGCGAGAAGCUGGAUGUCUUCGCCUUAGGGAUCAUGGCAUUUGAGAUGCUGCAGGGGUUCUCGACCAAGAUGGAGAGAGCGGAGACUUUGAGGCGACUGCGUCAAGGGGUGUUUCCACCAAACUUUGCGGACAGGGUGGGUAUGGAGGUCCAGAGUCUGAUUGGCAAUAUGAUACAUGCAGACGAGGAGAUGAGGCUGACGUGCGAGGAGGUAAAGCGGCAGCUAGGUCGAAUCAUUGAAGGAUUGCGGCAGCAACGUUGAUUUGGCUCUGCUCGCCGCUGACCUUAUUAACGCCCUGGAAACUCUCAGUAGUUGGACACAUGCCCUGGAGUUGGGAUAGGAGUAACAGGAUGAAUCUGGCAACCGACUUCAAGCUUCCUGGGCUUCUGAGCUUCAAGCGAAGUUCUUGAGCUAGAGCAGCGCAGAUAGUUCCAGAUGUAUACUUCACAAAGCCCCUAUACCUUGACUUGCGUUUAUGAACCGAAGUCAAAAUCCAAUAUUCU